AUAAUCCGGGCUGGAUUUACAGAUAUACUCUCACACUCUCGUUAACAUUUAAUUUGCAAUCACUAUCUUGUCUUCAUUCAUCUACCUUUCUCAAAUAUGUAGCAUGGUUUUAUUCUUUAUUAAUGCUGAUGUGAUUUACAUUUUGUGAUAUUCUACAGUAGUUUGAGAACAGUAGAACCGGAAGUUACUAAAAUGAGAUUCUUCUUGUCUUUCGUCGCGGUUUCCUUUUUUCAGAUUGUGUACGUUUGUUGUACUGGCCAGUUUUAUGUUGGUAUCCUAGGCUACAAAAACAACAGCAUUGAUGCCACGUGCUGUUCUAAUAACACGUGUGAAAAUACUGUCGGCUGUGCUGUUAUUUUUGAAAUAGUGGUGGAUGGUUUAAACAGUUCACUCGGACCUGUGUCGAGUCGACUAUCUGAUACAGCAUUAUCCCCUGCCCAAGCCGAGGCGAUCCAGGGAGAGUCACUCAACAACCCAUUGUCUUUCCAGUUCAGCAAAUGGCCGGGUGGAGCGGAUGUGACGGUGAAUGUACUUGAUGGCGAGACGCUUGUCGAUCAGUUCAACGAUUCUAUAACGCUGCACACCCCCGGUACCUAUUACGUGUAUAACAGUCUUGCAGACGACACCAACACAUCUUCAUUAGUCAUCGUGUUUAGAUACGGAUGCGGAGCAACAAAGGGACCGUCAUGUUUUACUGACUGCGCCGAUCACAUGAUGAAUGAAACGUGUCCGUCGACGACGCCAGCACCUCCCGACAUCACCACGUUUACAGGAUUUAUGGACCAGAAAUGUGAAACUACCGAUGCCGACGGAAAUACUAUAACCCUUAACUGCACUACAGGCGCUUCUGCAAUGCCGACAAUCACGGAAAAAGAAUCAACCAAUACAUCGUCAUUGCCCGAGACAACAGAGAUGCCUACAACAGUUUUGUCAACAAAUGUAACUGAAGCUGGAUUACAAAACAAUUCUACCUCACAAACUCCGCAAGUUGUACCUAGUACAGAAACUCAAAAUAAUUCCAUAAUAACUAGGAAAGUUUCAACAAAGCCAAAUGUUCGAAACAGUUUGUCACAUCCUACAGAGAACAAUUCGCAAGGUCCCAGAAGCGAGGACGUUACAACGUCGACUACCCCGGGUCAUGGGGUACCGACUGUAGACGAGGACCCAGUAGCCUACUGGCCAGGUAUUGUAGGAGGCGUCCUCGGCGGGGUGGCAGUGUUUGCAGCAGCUGCAUUUAUCUGCUAUUGGAAUAGACAAAGGAAAUUACAAAAAAGACAAGAGAUAUACAAUGUGAAUCCUAAAAUUCUAAGAAAUUUUGAAGAAUUUGAAGAAAAUGGCACCUCGGGUAGAGCAGACGUUCCCAUGGAAACCGAACAAUACUAAUACAAACUGUACAAAUCAUUGCCUGUAUAUAGUGUAUAAAAAUAUUUCCUACAACGCAAUUUUUUUGAUGUACAUAUAGAAUAUAUUACCAUAUUGUUGAGAAUAAAUAGAAACGGUACACUUAUCUUGGUAGUUUUUGACAAGUGU